UUACAAGCAGGGACAAAGCUUUUUUUUUAAUUGAUCUGAUUUGAAAAUUUGUUUCCUCAAUAUCGUCUAUUUUCUGGCUGGAAUAUGUGCCCUUCCUAGUACACCCUAACAAAACAUUUCAAAUUAAAAGUUAUGUUUUGAAUCUUAUAAAUCCGAAUGACUCAUAAUCUUAAAUCUGUUUUAUGAGAAGUUUCAUUUCACUUUUCCUCCAUUUUUUUUCUUCCAAACCUUCAGUCACGCUACGGAUUGGUAGAUAGUGACGCAAUCGUGAUCAAGUGGAAACCUGUUCCCUCAUUGAAAUCGGGUUCUUUCACACUAUUUGUAUUGCAGAAUAAGUCCGAAGGUUUUGUUGACUCGAUUUUAUUUUUACGAUCAUUGUUAUUAUUGUAAUUUUGAAAGUUUCAGAGAACUUAAAUUGUAAAUAAAUAAUGUCCGUUAAUAGUGGUGAUUGGAAAUUUGUGGUAUGGGAGCGAAACAAUAAAACUGGGAAGUGGGUUCCUUUUUCGGCGGAAAUCUCACAAUUUUUAGAGACGAGUUAUAAAAAAAAGUUAAAUACUGUAUCAUUAGGAGAUAUAGAUGAAGCUUUAAAAAUAUAUACAGUCGAUUUAGAAGAUAUGAUUCAAGUUUCUGAAAAAACAGGUACAAAAUCAAAAGUGAGGAGGCACUUAUGUUCUACCAUUGAUUCUCUUCUUAAUGGUUUCACAUGGCAGUGGUCAGGUAAUGACAAAGACAACUGGCACUCAUAUGACAUUGAUGUGAAUAAUUAUAUUGAAAAUGCUUUCCAAAAGGGAAUGAAAAGUGUAGCUCUCAAGAAAACAUUUCGAGGUUAUAACUACGAAAUUGAUCUUGCAAAAAUGCUUCAGAUAAACAAACAAACAAAGCGAAAACGUUCCAUUCGUCGCCAACAAAAUGUUUCGCCUUAUCCCGUAGAGCAGUGUUUGGAUAGCUCUCCAAAUACUGAACCUGAACCGGAUCAAGUGGCAGUUGAAUAUGCCUAUCUCGCCCAAGAAGUCCCUGGCACAUCUGCAUUGGUUGACCAGCUUAAUAGUUAUGUACGAAGUGUCACUAUGGACAUUGUGCCCUCUGUGAUGGCCAGUGAAAGUCCAGGUCUUCCUCAACCACCUGAAAGAAAAAAAAAGAAAAAACGUAACUCUACAGAAGUGUCAGUUGAUAAUAAUGCUGUGGUAACUGGAAAUUUAUCUGUAAAUACGACUCUUUUGCCUCCAACUACGCAUGCCAUUGUAAAUGGAGCUCCAUGGUAUCAUGCAAGCCCACCUCAUACUCCUUCAUCUUUGAUAAAACCUGUUCCUGGAAUCGAACCUCUUCCUAAAAUAAAUAAAAGAGCAGCUAAAAAGAAAAAAGCCUCUCAUAAAGAUGAUGUAAAUAUUUUUGAACUGCAUGCUAAUGAAGUACCCUUGGAAUUACUAAAUAAAAAUCCUGUUGAAGAGGUGUGUAUAAUAUGCUGUGAAGGGCUGUCAAAAGAAUCCUCGUAUAAUAAAAAUGAUCCGACUAUUGUGAAACUGAAUUUGUGCUUCCAUAUGUUUCACAAGGCUUGCCUGGAGGCUAUGUAUAACAGCGGCCCAAAGGAUGGUUCUCUACAAUGUCCAUCGUGCAAAAAAAUAUACGGUGAAAAAUGUGGUAUUCAGCCACCUGGGGAAAUGGUCUAUCAUGUGUUGCCUUAUUCUUUACCAAGUUUCCCAGAAUGUGAUACAAUACGAAUUAUUUAUAAUAUAUCAUCUGGUAUUCAGGGUCCAGAACAUCCUAGACCUGGAAAAAAAUAUACAGCUAGAGGUUUCCCACGUCAUUGUUAUCUACCAGAUAAUGAAAUUGGCCGUAAG